AUGCCUACAGACGAUCAAGUGCUCAUAUCUGCUUGGUUAAACACUAGUAAGGAUCCCGUUGUAGGGAAUGAGCAGCGAUCCAGAGCUUUUUGGCAAAGAAUUGCCGUAUACUUCGCAGCAUCACCAAAGAUUGGAGCCAGUGAAAGGACGGAGUCCAGUCACUGCAAGCAGCGUUGGCACAAGAUCAAUGAUCAAGUUGGGAAGUUCUGUGGCGCGUUUGAAGCUGCAAGCAGAGAGAGAACCAGUGGGCAAAACGAUAAUGACGUUCUGAAGCAAGCGCAUGAGAUCUUCUUCAACAACCACAAGAAGAAAUUCACGCUCGAACAUGCGUGGAAGGAGCUUCGGAACGAUCAGAAAUGGUGUGACCUGUCAAGCUCUAAAACGGAGAGCGUUGGUAAAAGGAGGAAGCUCGACGACAGCGCACAAUCAUCAACCUCUCACGCCUCUGAAUCCAUGACUGAUCGUCCCCUGGGUGUUAAGUUAGCUAAGGCCAAUGGUAAGAAGAGAAAGGUAGAGGAAAGGCUGUCUGAGUAUGCGGGUAUGUGGAGCAUCAAGAAGGAGGAUAUGGCUAUCAAGGAAAGGCUGUAG